AUGGAUUUGAAUAAGCUGAAAUCGAUAAGGAAAGCGAACAGAAGUGUAGUAACAAUACAUUUGCGGAAAAUCGACGAUUUGAAAAACGAAGCGGAGUUAGCCAGGAUAAAUCUUUUAGCGACAUUCGAGAGUGUGGAACAGAAGAAGAAACUUUUAGAAGAUUUGAAUCAACAAAUUAUAAGUGCAAUCGAUACAGAGGAUAUUGAAGAAGAAAUUCUCAACAUAGAUGAGUAUAUUUUAGAUUUAGAAACUAAACUAAAACACUUCCGUUUAUUCAUACAAAGUUUAGAUAAUUCGAACAAUCAUACAAAUCAACAGUCAACUUCAUCAUACCAAACAUUAAAUUAUGACGCGCCACCUUUCAUUCCAACCUCAUGUAUUGAAAAUCAACAACAGAGCUAUAUCGCACCGUCAUUGUCAACGUUUAACAAUCAAACGCACCAUCUUCCGAAAUUAACUUUUUCCAAUUUCAGUGGAAAUGUUAUUGAAUGGCAAUCUUUCUGGGAUUCUUUCGAAUCGGCAGUACAUAUGAACCCGAGUCUACCAGAUAUUCAAAAGUUCAACUAUUUAAAAUCGCAACUCGGAGGUGAAGCUUCACAUACAAUUGAUGGAUUCGCAUUGACAAACGCAAAUUACAAGGUGGCAAUUAAUGUAUUAAAAGAAAGAUACGGACAAGCUAGUAAGAGUACGCAAGCGCACAUGAAGGCAUUGUUAGACAUUACACCACCAAAUAAUGAUUUACAAAGUUUACACAUAUUUUAUGAUCGCAUAGAGGCAUCCGUACGCGGAUUGGAAGCGUUAGGCCAAUCGCAAGACACUUACGGCACAUUACUGGUCUCUAUAAUUUUGAGCAAGCUUUCCGGAGAAGUAAGGCAACAUUUAGCGAGAGAUCAUGGAUCUAACACAUGGAUUUGA